GAGGAGCGGGACCUGCUCAGAAUGGAGGCAGCAGCGGGGCCUGCCUGGGAGCCUCCUGCUGAGUCCUCCUGGGCCUGGUGGAGCCUGCCCCGAAGAGGGCGGAGGGACUCGGGCAGCAGGGGCGGCUAGGCCUCUGUGGCGCCUCCUCCUCCUUCUCCUCUUCAAGAAGGAGGCUGGGUGGCUGUGUUCACUUCGGACUGGGCUUCUCCUUCCCAGCCAGGAGCGAAAGGGAAGGCGGCCCCUGCCCUGAGCCAGGCUCCUCUGCCGCUGGGCCAAUGCGGGCCUCCUGGGGCCAGGGCCAUGGACACCAGCGACCUCUUCACCAGCUGCAAGAAGGGCGACGUCUGCCGAGUGCGAUACUAUGCUUGUCUCUGUGGACAUGAAGAACUUGUACGGUACCUUCUGGCCAGCGGUGCAAAAUGUGAAGCAAACACUUUUGAUGGGGAGCGCUGUUUAUAUGGAGCCCUGAGUGAUACUAUCCGGCGGGUGCUGAAAGAGUACAAGCAGAUCACAGCAAAAUGCAUGAAAAGAGACUACUAUGACGUCUUCCUUCAACGGCUUCUGGAACAGGGCUAUCAGAGUGACAUUGUCUUUAUUGUCCAUGGGAAGUCUUUCUGUGCUCAUCGCUGCAUACUUGGUGCUCGAAGUGCAUAUUUUGCAGAAAUGUUUGAGACCAAGUGGAAAGGAAAGAAUGUCAUUGCACUGAAGCAUCCACUGAUCAACCCAGCUGCCUUUGGCUCCCUUCUGCAGUACCUCUAUACAGGCCGAUUAGACAUAGAUGUUGAAUAUGUGAGUGACUGCAAAAGAUUGGCUAAGCAAUGUCGGCUCCAGGAUCUCAUUGAAGACUUGGAAACCAAGUGUAAAAAGGUCUAUGAAUUUGUCUCUUCCAAGCCAGGGACCUGUGUGAAGGUGCUGACGAUUGAGCCUACAGGUAACUCAAGGCUACAAGAAGACCUGGCUCUGUUAGCAGACUGUGCCCUGCCAGCUGAACUCAGGGUGGGUUUUGGAGAGUUGCCUUUUGACAGCACAGACAACUUCAGCAGCUGUCCUGAUGUAUGUUUCCGGGUGGCAGACUACAAUUUCUUGUGCCACAAGGCAUUUUUCUGUGGCCGCAGUGACUAUUUCAAAGCCCUUUUGGAGGAUCAUUUUUCUGAAAGCGAGGAGCUGCAGACACAGCCCAGCAUUCCUGUGGUGACCCUUCAUGACAUUUCAGAGGAAAUCUUUAUUAGGGUCCUCUAUUACAUUUACAGUGAUGAUACAGAGCUGUCUCCUGAGAACGCUUAUGAGGUGCUCUGUGUUGCAGACAUGUAUCUGUUACCUGGGCUGAAACGUCUUUGUGGGAGAACUUUGGCACAAGUUCUUGAUGAGGACAGUGUUGUCAGCAUCUGGAAGAUUGCAAAGCUGUUCCAGCUUACCCGGCUGGAAGAUCAGUGCACAGAAUACAUGGCAAAGAUCAUUGAAAAGCUUGUGGAGCUUGAUGAGUUUGCAGUGGCAGUGAAAGAGAAUGCUGAGGCAGUGGAAGAACGGCAGGAGACAGACUCCAUCCCUCUUGUGGAUGACAUCCGUUUCCACAUAACCAGCAAUGUACAAACAUACAGUGCCAUUGAAGAGGCUAACCAAAAACUGGAGGCUCUGGAUAAUCUUCUGGCCAGCAUUGGCCUUGAAUGCUAAUCUGGGACAAUCUCUUCUGUGACUUAAUAGAAAAUCAACUCAGAGUUCAGUUAUCGGUGCUCCCAUCAUUUUUUCUCCCUCUCUUUGCCCUUUUUCAAUAUCUGUGGUAUCUUUUAUUCUCCCAAGAAUCAUCUCCUCAAACACAGCUCAGGUUUAACAUCUUUGCUGUUUAUACACAAUAUUGUUAAUGAUACCUUGAAAGCCUGAUUUAAUUAAUUUAUUAUUUAAUACAUGCAAUAUUAUAGACUGGUGAUGUUAAUUGAAAAUUGGUGCAAUAUGCGGAGUAUUGGCACAAGAGCUUCCAGCAAGGAGACUAAAGCAAUGUAAAUUCAAGGCAAUGUCUGUUUAGAACGAAAUCAGAUUGUUCUUCAUGGUCCAUAUUAUGAAGGGUAAGCAAGGUGAUAGAUAGACACUUUUACAGAGCUACAAGGAUGUGGUGUUUGUGCAGUGGUAACUAGAUUUUCCUGCUACUUACCUUGCAGAAAUAAAUGGCUGUGUUUAAUCAUCCUGCAGCCUUAUCUUCCAGACUUUCACAACAGGGGCAGAGCAAAAACCCAGCAAUUCAGACACUUUAUUCUUCAGAAGCUCACAUUCACUCACAUUUUUGCUUUUUAUUUCACAUUUUCUGUUGUACUUAUUAAAGUACAGUGCUGUACCAGGAUGCAUGGCUCAAAAUGUGUCUGAGGUGUAAAAUGCUUGGCCACUUCCUCCUUUAUUGUGGCUUUAUUUAAACAUGGAGAUGUAGCAAGAACUUUAGAUACAUUUUUCUAUCCCAUUCCAGGUACAGUAGUGGCAUUUCUAUGGUUUCCCUGAAUCUGAAGGUUUAAUUGAAAUUGGCAUGGAGUAUGUGUGUAUGGGACAUGGGAUCUUUUCUCCUGAAGCAGAAACUAGUCCUUUGCAGAUAUUAAUAUCCAUUGGAGUUUGGAGGAACUGUCAUGCUGCUUAACUCUAGUUUUUCACUACCCACUGUCUAAACAUUUUAUAUCAUUUUUAAAUAUAUACAUACAUUUAACAUGGCAUGAUCUGUAUGUUGCACAAUUUAUUAACCAAACAAUUCUGGCUUGUAUCCAUUGGGGUAUAGACACUUUAGUCCCCAUGCAACUAUGCUAAUCACAGCAUUAGCUGUUUGUUGUACUGACUGCAUGGAGCUAAUACACAAGUGUGAACAUAUAAUGAUAAUCAGUUGUUGACAGCAGAAGUUGUAACUGGCAAUGUCAAGCUAAUUUUUAUGGUUGCCAAGAGUGGUAAGAUAACUAUAGUGGGAGGUGCAAUAUCAAUCCUUUUUCUCUGUGAAUAACACCUAAGGAGUAAUUAAUACCUUCAUACAAAGCAGCAGGGGAAGGACAUAGAAGUAUCCUCAACCGAACCAGCAUUAGUUAUGAGCUCUUCAGAUUGGCCUUUGGUAGCUUGCAUUACCAUGAUGGACAGAUGUGCUACAUACUGGUUGAGGGUUUGGGGGAAAUUAGCUGUGGGAACUAAGUGGACAGAGCUAAAUAUACUCCCCCACCCCCCAAAGCUCACACUCAGAGUGUGCUGUGUGCUUUCUCUCCAGUGCUCACAUCAAAAUUAAAUGAAGGGCUGAAUGGAGAAGCAGUUUGGGCUGCAUAAUGUCCAUUCCAGUUUGACUAGUAUUUCUCCUUUGAAUUUAGUAAAAUACCAGAUUUGCUAAGGGAUGUCCCUUAAGGCUGCCAUGGGUUGGUGGACUUUUAAUACAGGAAUGUCAUGUUAGAAAGUAUUUUGGCAUCUUCUACCUGGGUGAGGUAAGAAUGUGAGAGAGAUGGGGUGUGGUAUAGCAUGGAAACAUUUAACACUAGCCAAGAUCAUGCAGGAAGUCUGUACUGUAUUGCCGCUCUAAAAUUAUGUACCUAAAUAUACAAAUUUUAAAGGGAAAUAAAUGAGAUUCAUUUUGGAAUAAAAUUGUCCCUCUGGUAAUACUACUAUUAGUUGUUAAAUCAAUUGCUUUAGUAGAUUAACUUUAGUGAACACAUUAACCUGGCAGAUGUGGUUAACUCAUUAACAUCAACUUUCCAUGUGCUAAUAAGUAUUCACAAGUGACGCUAAGAAUUUGUUUCUUCCAUUUCAUGGCUGUGACAAGAACCCUUUUCAUUAUAACUAGAAUCUAGGUAGCAUUAUGCAAUCACAAAAGUGGAGUUAGUGCUCAUCAGAAGGUACUGUCUGCCAAGCUAGACAUACAUCUUUGUUAAAUGCUUUGUGGAAAAGCUGAAAUUAAAUGGAAGGAGGGAGGUAUGUGUAUGUUUCAGAUUUUACAGGUCAACAGUUCAUAAUACCAGAGAGAUAUAGUGACAGAACUUGAGUAAUUUGGUCUGGAUAUCUCCAGAAGAUCAAAUAUCAUCUGUAUGUAAGUACGUAUGACAUUGUUUCCAUUUGGGUUCUCCCAGAGGUGCUGAGGCAUUUUGUCAUGUUUCACCUCUGCUCUGAAAUACACCAGAGCAUUCCUUAGCAAUGUUGAUUUUCUAAAUGAGUCUCCCUCAGGCCCAAGCACAUACAAAUCUAUGCAACAUGCAACAGUUUGGAGCUACAAAAUUAAAUGCAUUACCUUGAUAAACGAUGGAGAAUUUGGAGGCUGAUUUUGUGCUAAAGAAGGCAAACCUCUUAAAGGAACAUGCAACUUCAGAAUCAUUUGACUAGGUCUAUUAUGCAGGAACUGUAAACGAAUGACCCAACCAAUGUGUUAGCUUCUUAGGCGUUUCACCAAAGACAUAUUUCAAAGCAAAGUUUGAUGCUGCAGUAAGGAGAGCCUAGGUUGGGCAGCCUAGAAGUGGGCAGCAUGGCCCUCCAGAUGAUGCUGGACUACAGUUUUCAUAGUUUUCAGCAGUGGCUACACUGUCUAGAGUUAAUUGGAUUUACAGUCCAACAGCAUCUGGAUGGUACAGGUUGCUCACCCCUGGUCAGAAUAGAAAUAAUCUCUAUUAGAAGUGGAAGUUCCAUGAAUAAAAGGGGAAGAGUUGAGCUGGAGAUUUGAUUCUGUUCCUCAGUCUUCCUCUUAGCCAUCUGAAACAUUUUUUCAUGAUACAGUAUCUGUUAAAUUCAGCAAGCCAAUGGUUAUAAAUCUUUAUUGUUUAUAUGAAUAACUCUGCCACUGAAUUACUGGAAUAAAAAUAAACACAAAGACGAAAAGAGUCCAGCAAAGUCAAAGUGAAAUAAAUACAGGAAAUUAAUGAAAUGUUGAUAAAAUACAAUAUUGGGUUACAUCCAGUGAAAGGACUUUCUUUCUUUCUUUGAUUUUUUAAACAAUUUUAUUGCCAGUGGAAAGGUCACUAACUUCUGGAAUAAAAAGUCAGGUUGGCCUUUCCCAGUAACAGCUUUGCUCAAAUUGUUCAGUGUGCUGGAUAAAAUCAGAAUGGAUGACUAGCAUGAUUACAUUUAGUAGUUACGCCUCUUGAGUUCAAGAUCCUCAGUGAUUGUCCCAGCAUUCCAACUGUCUGAUAGCAUUUAAUUUAUUUCCCUUUGCAAAAUGGGGGAGAUGAGGUGAGCAAAUACUGCUCAGCCUUUCAUCAAAAAUCAUAUUCUUUAAAUGCAGGGAGGGGACCCCGGGGGGGAGGGAGAUUAUGGGAUUCUAUAUUUAUUGAACAUAUUUUUCUUGCCUUUUGGUGUAACCGUAUUGCAAAGCAAUUUUAAGAUCUUUCUUCUGAUUAUUUAUGUCCCAUUUUGUUUACAUUGGCACCACCCUUUGAUAUUUGUUAAAGAGAAUGUAAAGCUUUUCAGAAUGGCAGUAUAAUAAUAUAUUUAAUAGCUUAAUAUAUAAGCAUGUGUGAGACAAUAAAGAGUCUAUUUCAUUAGA